AAAAUUUUGAAAAGAAGAAAAGAUGCGAAAAAGCUGAAAAAUAGGGGAAAACAGAGCACAGCAGCACCAACUCCCCCUCGCAAAGGGCAAUCAAUCCCCUUCCCUUCAACUUCUCUGCCUUUCUGUCUCUCUCUCUUCUUCUCGAGCAGAGGCAGUGUGAAGAAAGGUAAAGGUAGAGAGCGGAGGAGAAAGACCCAAAAAAAUAGCUUCAGUCUGUUUCUUUUGCUGCCAUGGAUCCUUAUGAGACCACCAACUUACUCCUGUCGAAGAUCAAGACCAUAGACCCGGACAACGCCUCCAAAAUCAUGGGCUACAUCCUCAUACACGACGUGGGCGAGAGGGAGUUGGCCGGUCUCGCUUUCGGCCCGGAGACGUUCCUGCUCGGCGUCAUUGCAAAGGCGAAAACCCACUUGGGACUUUCGCCGAACACCUUGUCCGCAACUGCGCCUUCAACUCCCUCUUCCCCGCUCAAUCCUAUCUCCAGGCCAGUCGUUGUUGGUGGGUGCGGUAGGGGUAACAACCCAUUUUCCCACUCUUCUCCUAGGCUUCCCGGACCUGGUGGUGGGCCUUUCGUUGAUUUUGCGAGGAACCCUUCUCCGCAUUCUUGGCCGGUAUCUGGGUUUGCAGCGGUUAGCGCUAAUAAUAGCAACUGUACUGGCGGCGGAAGUAGCAGCAACAGUACCGUUUCGCUCAGUCCCAAGUCGAGUCCUUUCUUGUCUUACGAUAGCAUACGCGCUGGUUCGUUCAAAGGAGCUGCAUUCUCGAAGUGUGGUGGCAAUGGGAGUGGUGAUUCUUCCAGCAACAGUGCCGAUGCCCUUGAAGAUUAUCCCUUUGACGAGUACCUAUCUUUUCUCGACGAUCCCUCUUCCAGGAAUGACGAAUUUGACCCUGGUCUUCAGUUAGGUGGGUAUCCAGAUGUGGAUGGAGAUGCUCAGCUCCACAGGAGGAGGUUUUCGGAGAGUGAUGCAUGCCCAAAUACUGAAGAUGGGGCAUUUGGAAUUGGGUAUAGACCAUGUUUGAAUAGUCGUGCUUUGGUGGGUUCACCGAGGGAAAUGGAGAGCCUUUACUUGCAGCAGCAUGAAGGGAUGAUGAGAUUGAAGGCCGCUCAUCAUCAUCAGCAGCAGAGAUUAGCAUACAGCAAAUACAUGAACUUCUUGUUGCAGCAGCAGAACGAUCCACAGAGACUGAGAGGAGCAUCAGCAGCUAUGAACAGUGACGAAUUUCAAAAGUUUGGCCGGUUUUGUCCCGAAAGAACUGAAUUUUAUGCAAUGGCAAUGGCUGAGAAAGCAAAUUCGGCUUCUAGACAAAUCUACUUGACAUUCCCAGCAGAUAGCACAUUCAAAGAUGAGGAUGUUUCAAAUUAUUUCAGCACAUUUGGACCAGUUGAAGAUGUCAGGAUCCCUUAUCAGCAGAAGCGAAUGUUCGGAUUUGUUACUUUUGUGCAUUCUGAGACAGUGAAGCUUAUAUUGGCCAGGGGAAACCCUCAUUUUAUCUGUGAUUCACGUGUGCUUGUCAAGCCAUACAAGGAAAAAGGGAAAGCUGCAACGGAGCACCAGUUACUGGAGAGGGGAAAUUUUUCACCAUGUUCCAGUCCUUCCGGCCUCGAUGGUAGGGAGCUAUAUGAUCUUCCGAUGGGUGGAAGAGUGCCUUACAAUUCACAGGAAAUGAUGCUGAGAAGGAAGUUAGAGGAGCAAGCUGAGCUGCAGCAAGCUAUUGAGCUUCAAGGACGCAGGUUCAUAAAUCUGCAGCUCCCAGACCUGCGAGGUGAUUAUGUCAACCAUCAUCAACGUAGCCUGUCCAUGGGUGGUGUCUCAAUGUCUACCCAUUCCCCUCUCAAUCAAAAGAUAGCCAAGAGUGAGGAAGAAGAAAAUGUUGAGAGCUCUGCUUUGUCUGCUGCUGAUGAAGCUGCCCAUCAAAACUUUCAGCCUGAAGUGAAACCCAUAUGCAACAUGGUCAGUAAUAAGGAAGAGAAUAUAAAUAACGUGGCGAGCAACAUGAAUAACUGUCAUGGGAGCAAUGCUGAACAUGAUCCUCGUGAUGCCGUUGUUGCUUCUCAAUCAAAAUCAUAUUUGGAGAGUGUUUCAGCCGUGUCAAGCUCUUCCCCAAGUGAUACUACUUCCCUUUAGCUUCAGUGGUUGGAAAGGCAAAAAGCUAAGAUGUGUAGUAAUAAUGUUAACAGGCCCACAGAGAUUGACAUUGCUAGUAAAAAUAGGGACGGAGAUAUAAGGAGCACAGGUCUAUGUAGGUGUAUAAAGCCCAAAAUCAUACAUGCAGUUGGAUGGUAGAUAUGUAGAGUAUCUUGGAAAGCCUGCCAGUCGUGAUCAACAUCCUCAAAAUACGACAAUACUAACAGGAAAUGCAUAUUACAUACUUAACGAACAGAUGAAGAAGUAAAUUUAGUAGGGUUUCUCUUUGUUAUUUUGCUGCUGGCUUCCCAUUUGGUAGUUGUGUGCUAGACAGUUAUACUAAAAAGAGAAGAGGAUGUAUCUUGUUAUAAGUCACUUGCAAAUCCUUUUGGUCUUUUUGCCAUCAUGUUGUUAGUGAAUCACUUCGCUUAGUUGGUUCAGAAGUUGCAUCUGUCUACUGAUUGCUCAUGCAGUUCCACAGGUACUACUCCUGAAUCCCAUGUGUGAUCUUCCGAAGAUGGGUGCAAGCAAGAUCAUGACUUUAUUGCUCUUACUUUACUCCCAAGCCUUUUAAUCAUCACUUUUAAUCGUAUAGUUGUUGGAAUUAGGGUAUUUUAUGGUUCACUUUUGUAAUCAUGCAGACAGACAGGUGAAGUUGUGAAAAGUUGGAUGGGAGGUGAAACUGAAACAGGUUUCCUUUUUAAAUGAUCUAGGUAUAUUGCCUCUUGGUGGGUACUUUUUUGUCUCUAUUUUCAAUGGUUGCUUAUAGGUCCACAUGUGGGGAAGACAUGCUCUUCAUGCACAUGGGUGCUGACAGAAUGUAUAGUCUAAUGGUAGUACCAAAUGGCACACUCAUUUCCAUCUCAGCUCUACAGUAAAAAAAAAUUGUUGUUUUUUACUCCCUCUGUAUGUUAAUAUGGUUUACCUUGCAGUUAAAAAUAUAACUAAACGAUGACCAUCCAGCAU